AUGACUCACUCCUUGCGACGUCCCCCGCUCGUUUCAAUCACCAUUCUUGCCUGCUUCGCCGCGACGACCCACGCCGCGGAAGCCGAUCCGCGUCAGGGCCUACUCAACGGCGCCGCCGACCCGACGGGGGUCGCGGUCACCGAUGACGACGGCAACACCACCUACUACGUCGCCGCUACCGGCCGCGGCGUGAAGCUGCUCCGCAGCACCGACCUCAAGUCGUGGGAACCCUACGGCCGCGUCUUCGAUCGCGCCGUCCCGCGUUGGGCCCGCCGCGCGAUCCCGGGGACCGACGGCAUCUGGGCGCCCGACCUCAGCUACCACGACGGACUCUACUACCUCUACUACAGCGUCUCGACCUUCGGCAGCCAGAAGUCGGUCAUCGGCUUGGCUGUGAACAAGUCGCUCGACCCCGAGAGCCCCGACUACAAGUGGGACGACCGCGGCCUGGUGGUCGCGUCGAGCCCCGAGACGACCAACUUCAACGCGAUCGACCCCGCGCUGCUCGUCGAUGAAGACGGCCGCUGGCUCCUCUACUGGGGCUCGUACUGGACCGGCCUCAAGGCGGCCGAGGUCGAUCCCGCCACGGGCAAGUUCAAAGAGGGCGCCGAGAUCCAAGCGGUCGCCGCGCGGCCCGACGCGCCGAACCGCGUCAUCGAGGCGCCGUACGUGCUCUUCAACGACGGUUACUACUACCUGUUCGUGUCGUGGGACUCGUGCUGCGACGGCGCCGACAGCACCUACCGCGUCGCCGUCGGCCGCAGCAAGGAUGCGCUAGGCCCGUACGUCGAUGCCGAGGGCAAGCCGAUGCUCGAAGGGGGCGGCACGAUCAUCCUCGAAAGCAGCGAGCGCUGGCGCGGCCCCGGCCACAACGGCGUCCUCACCAGCCCCCCCAGCGAAGAAUGGCCCGACGGCAAACAGUGGAUGGUGCACCACACGUACGACAUGCAGAACCUCGACGCCCACCGCAUCCUGCAAGUGCGACCACUGACGUGGGGCGAAGAAGGCUGGCCAAAGGUCGGCGAACCCGUGGCGACGCCAUAA